AUGUCCGCGUUCUUCCGUCAACUCGGCUCUCUCAAAGUGAAAGAGGUCCCGGAGUUCCUUAAAAAAACAAUCACCAAAGAGAACGCGAUCGAGAAUUUCCAGAGAUAUUCCAAAGAGUAUAGGGAAAAGUACAUCCAAACGGGAUCGAUUGCGCCGGUGUACCACGCGAUGGGGGCGGUGUUCGCGACGGCGUACGUGACCGUUUGGCCGACGGAAUAUAGACAUUUCAAAGCGCAACAAUCUGGGGAGCAUUAG